CUUCAGCCAGCAGUGUCAGUGGGAAAUGUUGGUCAAUUGGCAAUAGAUCUAGUGAUUUCCACACUCAACAUGACUAAAGUUGGUUACUUCUACACUGAUUGCCUGGUGCCCAUGGUUGGAAACAAUCCUUAUGCAACAGCAGAAGAAAACUCAGUGGAGCUGAGUAUAAAUGCUGAAGUGUAUUCAUUACCUUCAAAGAAACUUGUAGUUCUGCAGAUCAGAUCACCUUUUAUAAAGAACAAGUACAGGCCAUUCUGUCAAACACUGCUUUCUUGGGUGAAAAACAGCAAAUGUGCCAGAGUUGUUCUCCUGUCUAGCAGCCAUGCAUACCAGCGCGAUGAUGAGCAACUUCUUGGGACACCACUACGCUACCUACUUACACCUGAUCUUGAGAAAGCAGUUGAAGGCCUUAUGAAGGAGCUAAACUGGAAAGAAAUGGAAAAAGUAGCAGCUUACCCUGGAAUAAAUGAUACAGAAAAAGUUCUGCAUAUUCCUGGAGGUGGCAUCACAAAACUAUUAUUCACUGAGAGCUGUUCAAAAGGAAUCCAAAUGGCAGUUCUUCUGAAAUUCUGCUCAGAAGGGGACAACAUCCCUGAUGCGUUUGCUCUUGUUAACUAUCUUAAUGAAUGGCUCCAGCUAAUUAAAAGCGAUAGCAACAAUUCCACAGAUCCCUCUACACAAUGGAAAAUGCCAAGUUCUUGGCGCUUGCUUUUUGGCAAUGGUCUUCCACCUGCACUCUUCUGAUCGGUUUUGAAUUCUUCUCUAAGUCCCAUGUGCAGCCUCAAACGUCCCUUGAGAAGGUGAUUACAUAAUAAUUGCCAAGCAACAGCAGCUCAAUUUGUUGUGUAUAUAAAUUCUUUUAUUUAAGAAAAAUUCCUUUCACAUAUGUGGGUAGCUAAAGAAAUUAAGGUAACUUUCACAAAUUGACCAAAGAAAUAUGUUUUGUACAGUUGUUUAUCAAUUAACUUUGGUUGAAUUUUUUUUCUAAUAAAGUAUUUUUUAAAAAAA